AUGGCGUCCGCGGGGUCGAACACCAUUAAGGUGGUUGCCCGAUUCCGUCCCCAGAACAAGGUUGAAUUGAGCUCUGGUGGUACGCCGAUCGUCGAUUUUGAGAAUGAGGAGUCAUGCGCUGUCACUUCCCGAGAGGGCACAGGGUCCUUUACCUUCGAUCGAGUGUUCCCGAUGGGCUCAGCGCAAGCCGAUAUCUUCGAUUUCUCUAUUCGACCAACUGUUGAUGAUAUUCUAAAUGGAUAUAACGGAACGGUUUUCGCAUACGGUCAGACAGGUGCUGGAAAGUCGUACACCAUGAUGGGUUCUGAUAUUGAUGAUGAUGAGGGAAAGGGUAUCAUUCCCCGUAUCGUCGAACAAAUCUUUGCCAGUAUCCUCACCAGCCCGAGUAAUAUUGAGUACACUGUGAGGGUCAGCUAUAUGGAAAUCUAUAUGGAGCGCAUUCGCGAUCUGUUGGUGCCGCAUAAUGACAAUCUGCCGGUCCAUGAAGAGAAGUCUCGCGGUGUCUAUGUUAAGGGAUUAUUGGAAGUCUAUGUGUCGAGUGUGCAGGAGGUUUACGAAGUGAUGCGUCGAGGUGGAAACGCUCGAGCUGUGGCUGCGACCAACAUGAACCAGGAAUCAUCUCGUUCUCACUCAAUUUUCGUCAUCACGGUCAGCCAGAAAAACGUCGAAACCGGAUCAGCAAAGAGUGGUCAAUUGUUUUUGGUCGAUUUGGCUGGUAGUGAGAAGGUUGGAAAGACAGGAGCCAGCGGACAGACACUGGAAGAAGCGAAGAAGAUCAACAAGAGUUUGAGUGCCCUUGGAAUGGUUAUCAACGCACUCACAGAUGGCAAAUCAACUCACAUCCCAUACCGCGACUCGAAACUUACUCGAAUUUUGCAAGAGUCCCUCGGUGGUAACUCUCGCACAACCUUGAUUAUCAAUUGUUCGCCUAGUAGUUAUAACGACGCCGAAACAGUCUCUACUUUGAGAUUCGGAGUGCGAGCCAAGGCAAUCAAGAACAAGGCGAAGGUCAAUGCCGAAUUGAGUCCAGCGGAGCUGAAGCAACUUCUACGCAAGGCUCAGACACAAAUGACUACAUUUGAGACCUACAUUUCAGCCUUGGAGAGUGAAGUCCAUGUGUGGCGUGGCGGUGAGAAUGUGCCAAAGGAUCAAUGGACCCCAGCCCGCGGUAAUGAAGCUGUCAGUGCUGCAAGAGCUGAAUUGCGUGCGCCUCGACCGGCUACCCCAUCACGCUUACAAGAGACUGCUCGCUCUGAAACCCCUCGUCCAGACUCUCGCCUUGGAGACCGCUCAAGUACUCCCAGCCUGGUGUUGGAGAAAGACGAGCGCGAGGAGUUCCUUCGUCGCGAGAAUGAGUUACAGGAUCAACUUGCCGAGAAGGAAACGCAUAUCGCCAAUUUCGAGCGUGGUUUGCGUGAGGCCCGAGAAGAGUUGAAGUCUAUGAAGGAGAAUGCUGGACGUUCGGGGAAGGAUAACGACCGCCUGACCUCCGAAGUCAAUGAAUUGCGCAUGCAACUCGAGAAGGUAUCAUAUGAGGGCAAGGAAGCUGCUAUCACCAUGGAUGGUCUCCGGGAGGCCAAUUCUGAACUCACAGGUGAAUUAGAUGAGGUGAAGCAGCAACUCCUUGACGUUCGUAUGAGAGCCAAGGAGACUACAGCGGCACUGGACGAAAAGGAGAAGAAAAAGGCUGAGAAGAUGGCUAAGAUGAUGGCUGGAUUCGACCUGGGAGGCGAGGUCUUCUCCGACAACGAGCGCAAGCUGCAGGAUCUGAUUCAACGUGUUGAUGCUCUCCACGAGGUCAGCGCUGCUGGUGAAACAGUCGCGCCUGAUGAUAUCCUUGAACUCCGUGCUAGUUUGUUGGAGACCCAAGGGUUCAUUCGACAGGCUGAGUUGACUAUGAACGACCGAGGUGACUUCAGCGAGCUGCAGGACAGCCGCCGGGUGGAUCUGGAGAAGAAAUUGAAUGAGGUUCAACAGGAAUACGAAGACCUUUUGACCCGAAACUUGGGUGAAGGUGACGUCGAAGAAAUCCGCGACCGAUUGGAGAAGUCUUUCAUCAGUCGUAAGGAGACCGAGACUGCGGCCGUGGAGGAGCUCCGCAGCGAGAUUGGUCGCAAGGACGAGGAGUUGACUAAGAUGCGACAAUCGCUUGUCGAUACACAAUCCCAGACUUCCUCCAACGGCGCUGCUAGCAAGACCUUGCACCAGCAAAUUGCCGAAUUUGAUGCUAUGAAGAAGUCUUUAAUGCGUGAUUUACAGAACCGCUGCGAGCGUGUGGUGGAACUGGAAAUUUCCUUGGACGAUGCUCGAGAACAAUACAACAAUGUUCUUCGGUCAUCUAACAACCGCGCCCAGCAGAAGAAGAUGGCAUUCCUGGAACGCAACCUGGAGCAAUUGACCCAUGUUCAACGCCAGCUUGUGGAACAGAACAGCAGUCUGAAGAAGGAGGUGGCCAUCGCAGAGCGCAAGUUGAUUGCACGAAACGAGCGCAUCACCAGUCUGGAGAACUUACUCCAGGAGAGUCAAGAGAAGUUGACUCAGGCCAAUCACCGAUUCGAAGCUCAACUCACUGCUGUGAAGGAACGGUUGGAAGCCGCCAAACAAGGCUCUACACGCGGUCUCUCUUCUAUGGACGGCACUGGAAGCUUCAGCUUUGGUGGUUCUCGUAUCGCAAAGCCCCUUCGUGGAGGCGGUGGCUCAGAUGGCCCACCAGCGAAUGCCAACGUUGCAGGUGUGCAAUCACAGGAGGCUUCCGGCAAACGCAUGAGCUGGCUCUUCAAUAAAUGA